CCUCAGCCGCCCUGCCCGCUUCGCGUUUCCUCCCAUCAAGUUUGUCCCUCCACGCUUCCCCUCCAUCUUCCUCCGGUAGCGCUGAGCCGAGUUAGCCGUUUCUGUGAAGGUCGUGAGUCCAAACUGUCAUCCAACAUGUCACUGGCAAAGCCACAGAUGAGGGGGCUGCUGGGAAAGCGCCUGAGGUUUCACCUGCCCAUCGCUUUCACUCUCUCCAUCGCAGCCGCAAUCAUGUUCAAGUACAUGGUGACAGAGCCCAGGAAAAAGGCCUACGCCGACUUCUACAAACAAUAUGACGCCGCCAAAGAGUUCGAAGCCAUGAGGGAAGCUGGCGUGUUCGAGAGUGUGCGGCCCUCCGGGGAGUAAACCCUCUCUCUGCUCUCACCACUCAUUCCUGGUCUGAAGACGCUUCCUCCUCGCAACGUUUGACGUUAUUCACUGAUCAGAUGCAAACGUCUCUUCUCUGUUCUGUUCCUGGAAAUAAAAUAAACUAUUCUAGUAAUGUG